AUGGCUUUGCAUAACUUAGUUUUUGUCAUUGAUGUGGAUUAUCGGCCAUCAGGACACGUCAAUGUCAAAAACCAUCCACUGAAGCAGGGCAUUCUCCGAAUUCUGCUUCAUUUCGGAUAUAAGUAUGGGUUCGAGAAGGUGCGAUGGGGUUACAAAUUCUGUCAAUCGAGAACUGGACGCAACGCUAACCUGAUAUCCAGGGGGUCUGAUUUUAAAGAACUACGAGACAAAACAUUUGAAGACUUCGAGGUGGAGUUUCAAUUAAAGUUCGAUGCAAGAGAGAAGACAAUCUCGGCUCAGCCAAGGAAUCAACCCACCAGCCCUGCUGCUUCCAUACAGAACGCAUUGAAAGAAGCUCUGUUGGACUUCCAAUGGGACAGACCAGAUAUCACCUCUCCCACCAAAUUGGCAUUGAGACCCAGGAGAGGUCGAGCUGGUAAAGGAGGCCCUCCUCCACCAGAGGAUGAAUUGUCAAGCUCGGGGAGAAAUGUGUUAUUCCUCUUGUCAAGCUGUCCUCACUCCAGGGCAGAUUUAGGAGAAUAUGUGUCCCUCACUGGAAUCCCUGCCGGUGCCAGUCACACAGAUGUUUCCGAACGUAUCCUACCCAAGGGAAUCCAUGAAAUGUUGGUCCAACGUCAAGUUGUCCUUCACUGGGUGGACAGCACUUCAUAUGUCCAGGUAAAUAGUAACAGUUACUUUCAAAUAACUGGACACUCCACAAAUGUUCAUUGUGAAUCUGUUAAAAGACUUGCUGACCUGUCUUAUUUCUCAUUCCAGGUUAUGAGAAGUGAGGAGCACUGGGGCUCAGAGAGGCUUUCUGAGGUGUUGAGGGAGCUGGGUGGUAGAGUGGUCCCCAUGGACGCCCUGCUAAACCUGUGCUGUCCUCACAAGCCCCCCAGUGUUCAGUCCCCGCUGGACUCUGGAAUCGGCUCCCCUCCAGAUGCCAUUUUGGGGAGGGAGGCCUUUCCACUCGACUCCAGCAUGGGAUACCUGUUGUCCUCAGAACGACUGUACCGCCUAGCUUUUCCUGUCCUGGAGGGAGUCCUGAGAUGGGGGCAAGGUUUGUGAUGCAUGGAAGGGAUCUGUCAUUUGGAAAAUCUCCCUCUGUCACUGGAUCAAUCUCAUGACAUAACAAAGCUGUUAUGCCUUGGUUACACACUACACAUUUUCACCAAGUCACAAUAAAAGGCCACACUUGUAAAGCUUGUAGUAGUGAAAAGUAUUCAUCAUUGAUAUGAGUACAACCAUCUGGUUUCACAUCGACAUGCUGUAUUUCCCCUGUGUGCUGUCUGUCAUGUACUCAGGUGAUGCUCCACAGAGCUGCGGUGUGAUGUUGGAGCCGGUGGCCCUCAGACAGAGGCUCCCCCCAGCCCCCGUGGAGGUGUGUCUGAAAGGGGUCCUUCAGGGCUGGGACGCUCACUCCCUCACAGAGGCAUCCUCCUCGGAGUCCUGGGUGCUGCAGUGUCCCAACAACAACCACACAGACCAGGGUGAAGCUGCCUUCCAACAGCUACUGAGGGAACUCUCUGCCCAGGCUCUUCACAUGGUAAAGCUGCACUGUAGCGCCGGUGUUGCAAGAUUCUGUUGACACUUUCCAAAUGGGAAUGAAACCAACCAAUAUGGCAACAAUGUGUAGGACAUGGACGUACUGUUAUAGCUCGCUACUGUUGUCUUCCUGGUUUAGUUGUGUCAGUAUGCUGUAAAAUAGCUAUUGUGUUCAAUUCGAAACGAGAGGGUUUCAUCUAAACCCACCAGCCCUGCUGAAACAACAUCUGACUGAUGUCCACUAUGCUGUGUACCACAAUGACCAUGAUGCUGCUUCCAAUAAGACAACAUAUUCUCCCAACUGAUCAGGCUAAUAAGUAUCAAAAUACGAAAUUAUUAUUUUACUGUAAAGUAAAAAUUGGCCUAAUAACUAGUUUGGUGUCUCCACAGUUUGCAGAGGUGAGUGACGGAGGAGACUUGCCGUGCUCGGCCUUCCUGUCUCCCCUCUCAGCCCUCACGGCUUUGCUCACCAUCCUCCGGCCCAGUGUCGCCUCCGGCGACCACACCCUGACCUUGGAUGUCAUCGCCCCAGCAGCGGCAGACACCUCCUCAGACCUGCCCGAGGUGGUCAGCAGCGUCCUGGGAAUGUUCUAUGACAUCAUGGAGGGAGAUGGAGGUUAUGAUUGGCUCUGUUUCAUUCCUGUUUUUAUUUCCUCUGCACUUUAGUACUCCGCCUUGACAUAUCUGAGAUUACUAGCAACUAGUAGUUACAGUAGGUCUGAGAUGACUAGCAACUAGUAGUUACAGUAGGUCUGAGAUGACUAGUAACUAGUAGUUACAGUAGGUCUGAGAUGACUAGCAACUAGUAGUUACAGUAGGUCUGAGAUGACUAGUAACUAGUAGUUACAGUAGGUCUGAGAUGACUAGCAACUAGUAGUUACUAGUAGUCUGAGCGAUAGCUCCACCUUGCUUCUGUGGCAUUGGUCUCACCUAUGGGUUCGAGAAGGUGCGAUGGGGUUACAAAUUCUGUCAAUCGAGAACUGGACGCAACGCUAACCUGAUAUCCAGGGGGUCUGAUUUUAAAGAACUACGAGUCUGAGAUGACUAGCAACUAGUAGUUACAGUAGGUCUGAGAUGACUAGCAACUAGUAGUUACUGUAGGUCUGAGAUGACUAACAACUAGUAGUUACUAGUAGUCUGAGCGAUAGCUCCACCUUGCGUCUGUGGCAUUGGUCUCACCUAUUCAUCCAGGUCUUAAUUGUCUGACUUUCUUACCUUUAUACCAAAUCAAUUACAGAUCUCCAGAAAAUGAUUCACCCUUUUAGUUUAUUGGUGCAGUGUUAUUGUAACAGACUGAGUACUGUCCUUCAUCCACAGCUCCUCGAACUGAGCCCCAGGUUCCUGACUGGGCACAGCAGGAGCUCAGCCAUUGGUCCAGCCCACUGACCACUGGGCUGGUGGAGGGCUGGUUCCCGCACGCUGACCAAUCAGGAGUCAGCUCCCACUUAAUGGAGUCAAUGAGGUAUGAUUUGCCCUUUUAACGUUAUGUCUGUAAUUAUGGGUAAUUGAAACAAGACUCGAUCACAAUUUAUUGAUGUUAAAGACAAGGUCAUUAUAACACAGUAGCCUAGUUGUAAAUACAUACAGGGCCCUUUAACAAUUUCCCGGAGGUUAGUGUCUUUCUUACACACAUAUAAAAGAUGCAGCUAAACUGCUUUAUCAUGACCUUUUAAACUAUUACUCACUAUAUGUCAAUGUCCUGUGUGUGUGUGUGUGUGUGUCCAGGCUGCUCCAUGCGGUGCCAGAGGGCGAAACCGAGGGUCAGGAAGAGGAGCUGUCAGACCCCCAGCAGGACUUUGUCAGCAGCCUGUCAGAACUCUACCAGAGAAUGACCUCCCAGUCCCACAGCGACAAGACGGGGAAGAAACGUAAGGAGCUGGGGCUGCAUAGCUCUCAAGUUUUUUCCCCAAAGCUCUCAAGACCCCCCCUCCCCCCUCCCCCCCUCCCUGCUCAAGUCAGUGACCUCUGUUUGUAUUUUAUAAAUGUAUCAAUAUAUUUUGUACUAAUCAGCGAGCAUCUCAUAGCUUUCGAUUCUCCUGUGAUAUGCCAUCAGUGUAGCAGCUCAAAACCUACAAUGGAGAGAUGCUUGUUACCAUGUUGUUCUUCCCCUGCUGAGUGUCUGUCCACAUCUCUCCUCCUGCCUGCAGGUGGCGCCCAGCGCACGCCGGUGAGGCAGAAGAUGAAGACGAUGAGCCGCUCACUGCAGAUGCUGAACGUGGCCCGUCUGAAUGUCAAGGCCCAGAAAAGCCAGGCUGUGGAGACAGAGGGGGGGGCGCCGGGGGCCGAGGGCUGCAGGGGACAGGAGAGGCUGGGGAAGAGACGCUCAGGAGACAGGGCCAAGACUGGACACAACGCCCAACGUAAGUGUCUGUCUGUCUGACCCAACGUAAGUGUCUGUCUGUCUGACCCAACGUAAGUGUCUGUCUGUCUGACCCAACGUAAGUGUCUGUCUGUCUGACCCAACGUAAGUGUCUGUCUGUCUGACCCAACGUAAGUGUCUGUCUGUCUGACCCAACGUAAGUGUCUGUCUGGCCCAACGUAAGUGUCUGUCUGGCCCAACGUAAGUGUCUGUCUGGCCCAACGUAAGUGUCUGUCUGGCCCAACGUAAGUGUCUGCCUGUCUGUUUGACCCCCACCACAACAACAACACAACAGGGAUAUAUCUUCUGCUCCCAAAGGCCUCACCCAUAGUCUCAGCAUGGUUCAGAUUCAGCUUUUAAUGCUCAACUGAUUGAUGAUAGAGGUCUAUUCUCAUAAUUGGUAGACAAUGGAAUGAAGAUGGCCGCAUUCAAGAGUGAUUACAGAGCAUUUAGAUAAAAUGGUAUAUUUUAUAGAGCGGAGUUGGCUCUUUUGUGUUUUAUGUAGUGUAGGGAAUCAUGUCAGCUCUGUACUUUCUGUUUAUCUUCAAUGAAUGUUCUGAACAUCCCACCACUUAAUAACUGUCACAAACUUCCCUGCCUUCUCUCCUGUCAGACUUCAAGAGCGAGGCCGAGCUGCUGUCCCACCUGAAGGCCGGCUAUGAGAAGACUGUGGCUGAGAGAGACUCCUCCCUCCUCACUGAGGCCCAACACCUCCUCUCUGCUGUCAAGAUGUUCCUGAGGCCCAACCCAGACCUGGGGGUAAGACAGACCUGGGGGUAAGACAGACCUGGGGGUAAGACAGACAGAGAAGAAAAUACCUAGUGGACAGGUUCUGUUUGAAAAUCCUUAAGGUCUCUCUCUUCUCCCCUUAAAGUAAUACCUGACUUGACAUGAUGAGAUAAAAAGCUAAUGUGAAGUAAUACCUGACUUGACAUGAGGAGAUAAAAAGCUAAUGUGAAGUAAUACCUGACUUAACAUGAGGAUAUAAAAAGUCUAAUGUGAAUAUAAACUGACUUGACAUGAAGGAGAUAAAAAAGCGUAAUGUGAAGUAAUACCUGACUUGACAUUGAAGGAAUAAAAAGGCUAAUGUGAAGUAAUACCUGACUUGGGACAUGAGGAGAUAAAAAGCCUUAAUUGUGAAGUAAGUAACCUGACGUGACAUGAGGAAGAUAAAAAGCUAAUGUGAAAGUAAUACCUGACUUGGACAUGAUGAGAUAAAAAGCUAAUGUGAAGUAAUACCUGACUUGACAUGAGGAGAUAAAAAGCUAAUGUGAAGUAAUACCUGACUUGACAUGAGGAUAUAAAAAGCUAAUGUGAAGUAAUACCUGACUUGACAUGAUGAGAUAAAAAGCUAAUGUGAAGUAAUACCUGACUUGACAUGAGAUAAAAAGCGAAUGUGAAGUAAUACCUGACUUGACAUGAUGAGAUAAAAAGCUAAUGUGAAGUAAUACCUGACUUGACAUGAGAUAAAAGCUAAUGUGAAGUAAUACCUGACUUGACAUGAUGAGAUAAAGCUAAUGUGAAGUAAUACCUGACUUGACAUGAUGGAUAAAAGCUAAUGUGAGUAAUACCUGACUUGACAUGAGAUAAAAAGCGAAUGUGAAGUAAUACCUGACUUGACAUGAUGAGAUAAAAAGCUAAUGUGAAGUAAUACCUGACUUGACAUGAGAUAAAAAGCGAAUGUGAAGUAAUACCUGACUUGACAUGAUGAGAUAAAAAGCUAAUGUGAAGUAAUACCUGACUUGACAUGAGAUAAAAAGCUAAUGUGAAGUGAUAACUUGACAUGAGAGUAUAAAAAGCUAAUGUAGAACUUGGGCUAUGAGUUUGGGAGAUUUAUAUAGGGAUAUCUAUGUGAUAUACGAGACAUGAGGAGAGAUGUGAAUGCAGGUAGGUUUGGGCGAUUUUUAGAUAUCAUAUACUGGGGAGACAGUUUUGAUACAGGUUUGAGGUUUUCUACUUACAAAACAUGUAGAGGUCUGUAAUUUUAAUCAUAGGUACCCUUCAAAAAAACUGUAGAGACUGAAUCUAAAAAAAAUCCCGACAAAAUCAACGAUUUGUUAUGACUUAAGUAAAAUUAUGUGCAUUCUAUUGCAAGACAUAAGUAUUUGAAUCACCUACCACCAGUAAGAAUUUCCGGCUCUCACAGACCUGUUCGUUUUUCUUUUAAGAGCCCUCCUGUUCUCCACUCAUUACCUAUAUUAACUGCACCUGUUUGAACUCGUUACCUGUAUAAAAGACACCUGUCCACACACUCAAUCAAACAGACUCCAACCUCUCCACAAUGGCCAAGACCAGAGAGCUGUGUAAGGACAUCAGGGAUAAAAUUGUAGACCUGCACAAGGCUGGGAUGGGCUACAGGACAAUAGGCAAGCAGCUUCGUGAGAAGGCAACAACUGUUGGCGCAAUUAUUAGAAAAUGGAAGAAGUUCAAGAUGACGGUCAAUCACCCUCGGUCUGGGGCUCCAUGCAAGAUCUCACUUCGUGGGGCAUCAAUGAUCAUGAGGAAGGUGAGGGAUCAGUCCAGAACUACACGGCAGGACCUGGUCAAUGACCUGAAGAGAGCUGGGACCACAGUCUCAAAGAAAACCAUUAGUAACACACUACGCCGUCAUGGAUUAAAAUCCUGCAGCCCACGCAAGGUCCCCCUGCUCAAGCCAGCGCAUGUCCAGGCCCGUCUGAAGUUUGCCAAUGACCAUCUGGAUGAUCCAGAGGAGGAAUGGGAGAAGGUCAUGUGGUCUGAUGAGACAAAAAUAGAGCUUUUUGGUCAAAACUCCACUCGCCGUGUUUGGAGGAAGAAGAAGGAUGAGUACAACCCCAAGAACACCAUCCCAACUGUGAAGCAUGGAGGUGGAAACAUCAUUCUUUGGGGAUGCUUUUCUGCAAAGGGGACAGGACGACUGCACCGUAUUGAGGGGAGGAUGGAUGGGGCCAUGUAUCGUGAGAUCUUGGCCAACAACCUCCUUCCCUCAGUAAGAGCAUUGAAGAUGGGUCGUGGCUGGGUCUUCCAGCAUGACAACGACCCGAAACACACAGCCAGGGCAGCUAAGGAGUGGCUCCAUAAGAAGCAUCUCAAGGUCCUGGAGUGGCCUAGCCAGUCUCCAGACCUGAACCCAAUAGAAAAUCUUUGGAGGGAGCUGAAAGUCCGUAUUGCCCAGCGACAGCUCCGAAACCUGAAGGAUCUGGAGAAGGUCUGUAUGGAGGAGUGGGCCAAAAUCCCUGCUGCAGUGUGUGCAAACCUGGUCAAGACCUACAGGCAACGUAUGAUCUCUGUAAUUGCAAACAAAGGUUUCUGUAACAAAUAUUAAGUUCUGCUUUUCUGAUGUAUCAAAUACUUAUGUCAUGCAAUAAAAUGCAAAUUAAUUACUUUAAAAUCAUACAAUGUGAUUUUCUGGAUUUUUGUUUUAGAUUCUGUCUCUCACAGUUGAAGUGUACCUAUGAUAAGAAUUACAGACCUCUACAUGCUUUGUAAGUAGGAAAACCUGCAAAAUCGGCAGUGUAUCAAAUACUUGUUCUCCCCACUGUAUCAGCGAUAUACGCGAAUACCGAUUUAUCGUGAUAUUUAACAAUUUAGAUUAUAUGAAAAUGUGGCUAUCGGCCAACCCUAAUGCAAGGGUUCCUCUUCAUUACGUUCACGUAUUCCGUCUGAAUAUGCAUGAAGUAACUCUUUCUCUCUGCUCAACAGGUGCAGGUCUGGCUCUUCAUCCAACAGAACCUGCUCAAGUCCAGCAAGUCCAUCCGCCAGCUUUACAGCAACGCUCCUGACGCCGACAGCAAAGUUCGAGAGUAAGUAGUGACUGUUAAACAUAAUAUUUUGAAGCCAGAGACUACUAUUAUUAUAUUGAACAGCAGCUUAUGGUCCUCACUGAUAUGUGUGAUUUUAAAUAGAGGGUUGUUUUCAUUAAGCACCAAACCGACUGAAAUGGAGACUACCUGGACUGGUCCAAUAAGAAACGCGAAUUGUUUUCGGGUUCAAAAUGUUUUACCACGGUUUGCCCUACUGAACACGACCAAUGACUAACACUGACGUCUCUCUCAGGUGCCAGCUGCAGGCGGUGCUCAGGUUCGAGAUGUGCCGACUCCUCCCCUCUGAGCAGCAGGCCGACACACCGGAUGUGGAGCAGAUGGUGGAGGAGGUAGGAAACGACUGAUCAUAGCCACCUCCACAACCCCAACACAUUACUACCUGGAUCCAAACAAAAUAGGAGUCAUUGACAUGCUUUGAUUUCUCCUUCCCUCUACCCAGGUGGCUGAUAUGCUGAGAAUCAUCUCUCUAACCAAAGACCCGGUGUACCUGGCCAAGUUCCUGCAAGAUGAGGUCCUCCCCGUGUGAGUUUCCUCUCUGUGAAAUCGGACUGAACAUUAGGGGUUGAAUCCAGAUUAAGGAGAUGAGGCAAAUAGCGCUGUAUAAAGUUAUAGUGUAAAUAGAGCUGUAUAAAGUUAUAGUAUAAAUAGCACUGUAUAAAGUUAUAGUGUAAAUAGAGCUGUAUAAAGUACAAUAAAUGGUGUUGUGGGCUGUCAGGUUCCUGACGACCAUCCCGAGGGUCCUAGCAGACGUCUACCACAGCCUGGGAACCCAGCUGCCCGCCGCCCUGUCAGCCGUGCUGCCUUCGGACUUCUUCAGCGACGAGUCCGUGACCAAGGACAGCGUUUCUCCCUCCUCCUCCUCCCCUCCCCUCUCCACGGCCCUCAGCAUGGCCUCCGACUGCGGGGAGCGACUACAGGAGCUACGCGACCGCUCCGCCAGCAAGAGGAGGUGAGUUAGCUUGGGCCAGAGGGACCGUUCCAAGUGACAGUGACCGUUCCAAGUUAUCUGCUUUGUAAUAUGGUAAUAAUAAUCUAUGCCACUUAGCCAACGCUUUUAUCCAAAGCGACUUACAGGACAGUGGAAAUGAAUCCAUGACUUUGGCGUUGCCAGUGCCACGCUCUUACCAACUGAGCCACACAGGACCAUGGGAACUUCGUUAGAUGAUAACAGCUAAACCAUUUUACAUGUACUUCUUGUUGAAGUGGAUGAAUGUCUGCUUGUUGUUAGUACACUUUCAUAUAUAGCCCUCUUCAACUAACCUCUGUUGUGUUUGAGGAGUGGGAGGCUGACUCGCCAUCGCAGCAUGACUGAAGCAUCCCAGAGUCUACAGAUAGAGAUGCCCAGGAAGUCCACCAGAGCGGUGAGCUAAGACGGGAUACGUUAUUUUAUUCUACAACAGCUGUAAAGUCAGAUAAAAUAGGGCCUCGAUCACUGGGUCUUCGUAAUAUUGAUCUUGUGUUAGUCCUGUCUGGACGGAUGUACAGUAUGAACGUACUAAUCACCCAAAUGUUGAUCUCCCUGUGUCGUAUGAACAGGCCAAGCCGAAGCUCUGUGUUUCUGUGGAGAAAACAGCCGCUGAACCGCCCCCACCCCCAAAGCAGGCUGCACAAGGUAAGUCAUGUCCUCCAACUCCUCUGUUAGAUCAACAAACUCCUUGUCUCGGGGGGGUGGUAGAAGCUAUUGGCCAGUCUUUCAGUUUUUCCCAUGAUGCUCCUGUACUGCCCGCGUCUGAUUGAUUGAAGCAGGGAGAACUGGGCGUGGCUGAGGUCCCUGAUGAUCUUCUUGGCCUGCCUGCGACACCUGGUGUUGUAGGUGUCCCGUAGGGAAGGCAGUGUACAUCUUAGCCAUCUUGUGCUGUGAUUGUCCAAUUCAAUUAACACAACUUUAUUUGGUCCACAGAGGUCACAAAGGUCCGGAGGAACUUGUUCAACCAGGAGACUAUUUCCCCUUCCAAGAAGGCCAAGAUGCCCAGGAGUCGGUCUGUCUCGGCCGUGGAGGGACUGAAGCGAAAACGCUCCCAGACGACAGGUGGUGGUGGUGGUGGUGGUGGUAAAGACAGUAUAUUCCAUGAUACUUCAGCAUUCCUAGAGCUCAUUGCAUCAGUAACAAGCAAAAAGGUUUUGUUAGCACUGGGACUUACAGAGGAAAUCUGCCCUUUUCAGAUCGGCAUUCCCUCCUGACCAAAAAGGUGAUGGAGACGCCCCUUCAUAAGCAGGUGUCCAACCGCCUGCUGCACAGGCAACAGAUGGGCAGGUGAGUCCGACAUGUUUAAAAAAAAAUAUAUAUAUAUAUAUCCAGAUUAUAAACUAUAUACUAAAAUAUAUAUAUAUAUAUAUAUAUAUAUAUAUAUACAUACAGUGGGGGAAAAAAGUAUUUAGUCAGCCACCAAUUGUGCAAGUUCUCCCACUUAAAAAGAUGAGAGAGGCCUGUAAUUUUCAUCAUAGGUAAACGUCAACUAUGACAGACAAAUUGAGAUUUUUUUCUCUCCAGAAAAUCACAUUGUAGGAUUUUUAAUGAAUUUAUUUGCAAAUUAUGGUGGAAAAUAAGUAUUUGGUCACCUACAAACAAGCAAGAUUUCUGCCUCUCACAGACCUGUAACUUCUUCUUUAAGAGGCUCCUCUGUCCUCCACUCGUUACCUGUAUUAAUGGCACCUGUUUGAACUUGUUAUCAGUAUAAAAGACACCUGUCCACAACCUCAGUCACACUCCAAACUCCACUAUGGCCAAGACCAAAGAGCUGUCAAAGGACACCAGAAACAAAAUUGUAGACCUGCACCAGGCUGGGAAGACUGAAUCUGCAAUAGGUAAGCAGCUUGGUUUGAAGAAAUCAACUGUGGGAGCAAUUAUUAGGAAAUGGAAGACAUACAAGACCACUGAUAAUCUCCCUCGAUCUGGGGCUCCACGCAAGAUCUCACCCCGUGGGGUCAAAAUGAUCACAAGAACGGUGAGCAAAAAUCCCAGAACCACACGGGGAGACCUAGUGAAUGACCUGCAGAGAGCUGGGACCAAAGCAACAAAGCCUACCAUCAGUAACACACUACGCCACCAGGGACUCAAAUCCUGCAGUGCCAGACGUGUCCCCCUGCUUAAGCCAGUACAUGUCCAGGCCCGUCUGAAGUUUGCUAGAGUGCAUUUGGAUGAUCCAGAAGAGGAUUGGGAGAAUGUCAUAUGGUCAGAUGAAACCAAAAUAUAACUUUUUGGUAAAAAACUCAACUUGUCGUGUUUGGAGGACAAAGAAUGCUGAGUUGCAUCCAAAGAACACCAUACCUACUGUGAAGCAUGGGGGUGGAAACAUCAUGCUUUGGGGCUGUUUUUCUGCAAAGGGACCAGGACGACUGAUCCGUGUAAAGGAAAGAAUGAAUGGGGCCAUGUAUCGUGAGAUUUUGAGUGAAAACCUCCCAUCAGCAAGGGCAUUGAAGAUGAAACGUGGCUGGGUCUUUCAGCAUGACAAUGAUCCCAAACACACCGCCCGGGCAACGAAGGAGUGGCUUCGUAAGAAGCAUUUCAAGGUCCUGGAGUGGCCUAGCCAGUCACCAGAUCUCAACCCCAUAGAAAAUCUUUGGAGGGAGUUGAAAGUCCGUGUUGCCCAGCGACAGCCCCAAAACAUCACUGCUCUAGAGGAGAUCUGCAUGGAGGAAUGGGCCAAAAUACCAGCAACAGUGUGUGAAAACCUUGUGAAGACUUACAGAAAACGUUUGACCUGUGUCAUUGCCAACAAAGGGUAUAUAACAAAGUAUUGAGAAACUUUUGUUAUUGACCAAAUACUUAUUUUCCACCAUAAUUUGCAAAUAAAUUCAUUAAAAAUCCUACAAUGUGAUUUUCUGGAUUUGUUUUUUUCUCAUUUUGUCUGUCAUAGUUGACUUGUACCUAAAAUAUAAGGCAAUCAUGUAAAGCAAUGGAUGGCCAUACAGUGUUGUGUGGAUAUAUUGAUAUCUGACAAAAAAUAAACAACAUGUGUGGAGCAUUGUGUGGUUUUCUGAUGUCAACAUGUGUGAAUAGAGUUCCAUUGUGGGUAGUUGGGUUCAUGGUAUGGGCAGGGCAUAAGCUACGGAGAGCGAACACAAUUGCAUUUUAUCGAUGGCCAAUUGAUGCACAGAGAUACCCGUUGACGAGAUCCUGAGGCCCAUUGUCGUGCCAUUCAUCCGCCGCCAUCACCCCAUGUUUCAGCAUGAUAAUGCACAGCCCCAUGUCGCAAGGAUCUGAUGCACAAUUCCUGGAAACUGAAAAUGUCACAGUUCUUCCAUGGUCUGCAUACUCACCAGACAUGUCACCCAUUGAGCAUGUUUGGGAUGCUCUGGAUCCACAUGUACGACAGCGUGUUCCAGUUCCCUCCAAUAUCCAGCAGCUUCUUACAGCCAUUGAAAAGGAGUGGGACAACAUUCCAUAGGCCACAAUCAAUAGCCUGAUCAACUCUAUGCGAAGGAGCUGUGUCGCGGUGCAUGAAGAAAAUGGUGGUCACACCAGAUAUUGACUGGUUUUCCGAUCCAUGCCCCUACCUUUUUUUAAAGGUAUCUGUGACCAACACAUGCAUAUCUGUAUUCCCAGUCAUGUGAAUUCCAUAGAUUAGGGCCUAAUUGGGCGGCAGGUAGCUUAGUGGCUAAUAGCGUUGUGCCAGUAACCUAAAGGUCCCUGAUUCUAAUCCCCAAGCCGACUAGGUGAAAAAUCUGUCUGUGCCCUUGAGCAAGGCACUUAACCCUAAUUGCUCCUGUAAGUCGCUCUGGAUAAGAGCGUCUGCUAAAUAUAAAAACAAAAACAAAAAAUGGUUUAUUUAAAUUGAAUGAUUUCCUUAUAUGAACUGUAACUCAGUAAAACCUUUAAAAUGGUUGCAGGUUGCAUUUAUAUUUUUGUUCAGUGUAUAUUUCCACACUAUGAGGUUGGAAUAAUACUUGGAAAUUAUAAAAAUUAUAAUGCCUUUUUAGUGUAUGAGCUGUUUGAAAAGACUGCCUGUUUUGGUGGGAUGGAGUUUUGGCCUGCCUGGGGCCAUCACCAAUCGGUAAAUUAGUUAAUAGACCAAUAAGAAAGAGUUCCAAACCUCUCUGCCAAUAACAGCUAGUUUUCAGUUUUCCCCUCCCCACUCAGACCACUCCUAGUAAAAUUGUGUUUUGAGAAAUCGCUUAGAAGCAAUAUUUGUUUAUUUUUUACCAUUUUAAUUGAAAACAAUAACAGUAAAGUAAUUAUUUGUCACCCAGAAAUUAUUUGAUAUUGAGAUUAGAAGGAAAAAAAAACGGCUGCAUUGGACCUUUUAAUAUUAAUUAACCAAUUAAUUUGUCAUCAUUCAUAUAUUAAAAAAUUGUAUUUCAUUGUUGGCAGUGCAAGUGGCUCAGAAUUGGCCUGUGGAGAGCCUUGUUGUAUUAUAUAUUAGUUUAACAUUUUAUUUGUUUAGGAGAAGUUAUUACUGUAACUGAAUUGGUAGCAGUGCAUCAUGGGGGACAAUAGUGGAUAAGCAAAAUGUGAAAUGUCCUGACUGUUUGAUUUGUCAGGAGGUCUGUCCCGACGGAGGAGUGCAUCGUUGAGGAGUCGCCAGAGAAGCCUCCAGAAGGUCAGUGACGGGGGCUAAGAGUGUAUAUGAAACAGACAAUGUCCUGUGCACAUUUCUGAGAUGCUAAUAAAGUUUUUAAUAUCAACCACAUAAAAAAUGUAAUUGUAUAAGUUGAUAAACAGUCAGUGGUUUUAAUUGUUUUAAAAUGACAAUAUGAAAGACAUGAAAAAUGAUGUUAUGAUAUUUAUAACAGACUUGAGGAGGAGUCCAAGGUUGAAGAAUUUUGCCAGGAGACAUUCCAGCUUCUACUCAAGCUCCCAGCCUCGCUCCCGCAACCUGGACAGAGCUCUCUCCUCCUCUCAGCUCCCGCUCAGCAACAGCAAAAUAGGUAGGUGGACUAAACACCAUUAUUUCAGGUGUAUCAGUACAGUUAUCUUUCAGCUGACACACAUUGACAGUUGAUCAUUCAAUUGCUGUAGGUGCGGUAAGCCUGCGGUCAGUACGGUCUCCAGUACGUCUUCUGUUUGAAGCCACACAGUCCAGUUCCAGCUGGAGGCAGCUGUCUAACUCUGAUGUCUUCCAGGUAACUACUCCAUCUCGUUGAACCUCUUCAGUUGUCAUGCAGUGCAUUCGGAAAGUAUUCAGACCCCUUCACUUUUUCCACCUUUUGUUACGUUACAGCCUUAUUCUAAAAUGGAUUAAAAAUUAAAUAAAUCCUCAUCAAUCUACACACAAUACCCCAUAAUGACAGGUUUUUAGAAACGUUUGCACAUUUAUAAAAAUUUAAAAAAGUAUUCAGACCCUUUCCUAUGAGACUCAAAAUUGAGCUCAGGUGCAUCCUGUUUCCAUUGGUCAUCCUUGAUGUUUCUACAACUUGAUUGGAGUCCACCUGUGGUAAGUUCAAUUGAUUAGACAUUAUUUGGAAAGGCACACACCUGUCUAUAUAAGGUCCCACAGUUGACAGUGCAUGUCAGAGCAAAAACCAAGCCAUGAGGUCGAAUGAAUUGUACGUAGAGCUCCGAGACAGGAUUGUGUCGAGGCACAGAUCUGGGGAAGGUUACCAUAAAUUGAAGGUCCCCAAGAACACAGUGGCCUCCAUCAAAUGGAAUAAGUUUGGAACCACCAAGACUCUUCCUAGAGGUGGCCGUGCGGCCAAACUGAGCAAUCGUAGCAGAAGGGCCUUGGUCGGGGAGGUGACCAAGAACGUGAUGGUCACUGAUAGAGCUCCAGAGUUCCUCUGUGGAGAUGGGAGAACCUUCCAGAAGGACAACAAUCUCUGCAGCACUCCACCAAUCAGGCCUUUUAUGGGAUAGUGGCCAGACGGAAGCCACUCCUCAGUAAAAUGCACAUGACAGCCCGCUUGGAGUUUGCCAAAAGGCACCUAAAGGACUCUGACCAUGAGAAACAAGAUUCUCUGGUCUAAUGAAACCAAGAUUGAACUCUUUGGCCUGAAUGCCAAGCGUCACGUCUGGAGGAAACCUGGCACCGCUUGUCACCUGGCCAAUACCAUCCCUACGGUGAAGCAUGGUGGUGGCAGCGUCAUGCUGUGGGGAUGUUUUUCAGCGGCAGGGACUGGGAAACUAAUCAGGAUCGAGGGAAAGAUGAACGGAGCAAUGUACAGAGGGAUCCUUGAUGAAAACCUGCUCCAGAGCGCUCAGGACCUCACACUGGGGUGAAGGUUUACCUUCCAACAGGACAACGACCCUAAGCACACAGCCAAGACAAUGUAGGAGUGGCUUCGGGACAAGUCUCUGAAUAUCCUUGAGUGGCCCAGCCAGAGCCCGGACUUGAACCCGAUCGAACAUCUCUGGAGAAACCUGAAAAUAGCUGUGCAGCAUCGCUCCCCGUCCAACCUGACAGCGCUUGAGAGGAUCUGCAGAGAAGAAUGGGAGAAACUCCCCAAAUACAGGUGUGCCAAGCUUGUAGCGUCAUACCCAAGAAGACUUGAGGCUGUAAUCGCUGCCAAAGGUGCUUCAACAAAGUACUGAGUAAAGGGUCUGAAUACUUAUGUAAAUGUGAUAUUUAUUUUUAUUUUUGUGCAAAAAUGUAUAAAAACCUGUUUUCGCUUUGUCAUCGGGUAUUGUGUAGAUUAUUGAGGAUUUAUUUUUUAAAUCAAUUUUAGAAUAAGGCUGUAACGUAACUAAAGGUGGAAAAGGUGAAAGGGUCUGAAUAUUUACCGAAUGCACUGUAUACCAAAAAAAAAAAUUCUCCCAAGCAAAGAAUAACAAUACUGAUUAAUUUACGAUACUUAUUGGAAAUACUUGAUUGGUUUUCCUUUUCAGAGUCCAAAGAAAACUCCUACAAAGUCGCCUGGUAGGUCUGCUAGAGGGAGCAGGACAUCCAGAAGCCCUCAGACCCCCAGAACACCUAAGACCCACAGGUCCUCCAGGGUCCAGAGUUACUCGGUCACAGACAGCCAGAUGGCAGGGCCCUCUCACGGGCAGGGCGGCAUGGCCCUGAGGGGCAGCCCCUUCAGAUCCCCAGCCAGGAGGAGCCUGGUGCUGGAGACGCCCCAAAAGGUGAGCCCUCUGAAGGGCAUCCUGAGGACUCCGGUCAAGACAGUACUGGAGUGUCUGUCUCCCAUCGGCGCUCGCCAGCUCCAGAGCCCUCCCUGCUCCAGAACACCCAGGAAGCAUGUCACCUGGUCCCCGUCUCCACGGAAACCUAGAGUCGCGGAGACUAACACACCCUUCAAGGUGCCAGAGUCGCCUCGCCUUUCCACCCGACGCUCUCCAAAGCUGUUGAUGAACACACCUGAAAAGUUCUGCAGUCCGCUCAAGAGUCCCAGCAGCAAACAGGCAAUAUCUAAGACUCCAGAAAAAGUAGUACAGCGAUCGCUCAGAAUUUCCCCCCAGGCGUCUCUGUCCAGGAUUCAGGAAAAUUCUGCUGCAGGUGGCGUUGAGAUGACGCCAGAGAAAAGUGGACAUCAGAGGUCUUCCAAACGGCUUGUUAUGGGAAAGUUCAACACACCUGUUAAGGAUGAGCAGGACCUCCCUGAUGGUCCCCAGAAACGCCACUCUUCUGGUUCCACACCACCUCCUGACCACUUCUCCCCACCCACUCCCACCACCAGAACCCCCAGGAAAUCUCUGAGCCCUGGCCACCGCAUGCACACACCCUCUGGAGGAACUCCUGUUGAAGACUAUCUCUCCAUGCCUCCAGACCAAGGCAUGCCUACACCAACGAAAGGGACCUCCGUAUUGUCAAGGUCCAAAACGUCACCUAAGACUCCUGUCAAAACCCAACUGAAUAAAACGACAGUUGUCACCUCUUCAGCUAAACGUUUGACCAGGACUGGCUCUGGCCAGGGUGUGAAAGCUAAAACCAGGCAGAACCUGAGAUCCCUGUCAAAUGAGAGUUUAACUGUAGUAGCAGCCAGCAUGGAUCUUACAAGUGAGGAAACCAGUGACAACGUGACCAGCGGAAAUGUGCCAUCAGACUUCCAGGAGAGGGAGCAGUCUUCCCAGUCCAACUCCCAGGCCUUGGGCGAAGAGAUGGAGGCCAGCUCCCAGCAGCUUGAAUCUUCCCAGUUCAGCGCCACCACCAGUGAGGACGAGAGCAUCGACAUCUCCGAGGCCACCGUGGUCAAGACCCAAAUCACUGACGGCCUCAAGAUGCACAUAUCCUUCUCCAGGAAACCCUCAAAGUCCGGCGACCAAGUCUUCGAGUUUACCGGAGCCUCUGCCAAACAGCCAAUGCCCGCAGAAACCACUACACCUGGGAGAAGCUAUGGUUUCCGCCGGACCCCUGACCGCCAGCAGAGGGAGGCAGCAGCCCGUUGGGGGUACUCCACUGAACCAUCUCGGUUCUCCACCCCCAGGACUUCAGGAAUCCCCACAAGUCGCAAGAAGGAGCUCGUCAGCCCGAACCCCCUUGCAUACCAAGUGGAGCUGGAGAUGCAGGCGUCGGGGCUGCCCAAGCUCAAGUUAAAGCGCAUGGACUCCUUCAAUGCCGGGGAUGGGGCUGCAGGGUCUCAGACUCCCACUGUCAGUAUGAACCACCCCCACACGGACAGCCCUCUUGGCCUCUGCUCCAAACACAGAGACUCCGGUUGCGUCUCGCCAUCACUAUGCACCCACGGCACUCCCGCCAAGGGCACGCCGGGGAAAGGGGGCUUCCAGACGUACAUCUGCCAGUCCUACACCCCUACGCACCACCCCGCAGGGACCAUGUCCCCCCUGGGCACAGCAGAGCUCAUCCCCCUGACCCCGUCCCCCCAGAGCAUGGGAAGGUCCACCCCAGAGAGCCUCAACAGCUGGCCCCGAAAGAAGAGGGCUCGGCCUGGGGCGGUGGGGGGCAAGCAGCGGGGCUUGAAGGAGGAGCCCCUGCUAGAGGGGCUGGAGAUGUUGGACGAGACAGAGCUGGAGGGAGUCUACAGACUGAAGGAGACUGAGGAGACUGACGCCCUUCCAGCCAGCAUGGCACCACUGGCUCCCAGGUCCAGCCAGGUUACCAGGCUCUCCCCUGGUAAGAGAGCAGGCUCUCCUCUGGACCAGCUGGAGGACAUGGACUGGAUGGGCCAGGUUCAGCAGGCUGAAGGUGCCGAGCCUCUAAAAGAUGAAGAUUCCGUCUGGGCCACUGGAACUGUUCACUGUGAGUCUUUUUAUUAAUUUAAUUUAUUAAUAUGAUUCCUCUAAUGGUGACAUUUUCAUCUGUUUAUUGAUUCGCAAUAGUUUGAUUUUUGUUUGUUGGUUUGAUUGAUUACCUUCAGCAUUGGUGACGCCCCCCAGCUCUAAGGUGAGGAAGCCAGUGUCUGCCAGUGGGAUUCUAGCCCUCACUCAGUCGCCCAUGUUAUUCAAGGGGAAGGCAAGUUCUGCCACCAAGAGAACCCCUUUAUUUUCU